GCGGAAGCGCGGCGGUGGAGGCGGCUCGUUGCCUUGGAGAGAUCCGAGCGGCCUCACGCUUGACCGGCGCGGCCGCCGGAGCCCCGGGAUUUGGAGGAAAGACAAACUAAUGCAGAAGCCACCUUCCAGUGUCACCUCUUGGUCAAACACUGUAUUAAUUUCGGAAUGACUGACGCUUCUGAAGCUGUUGCAAAUUUUGAAGAAAUGUUUGCCAGUAGGUACACAAAAGAUGACCAAGAGUACCAGGACUACCUGAAACGCGCUGCCCAGUCUCACCCUCCCGUCGUUGAGGAGUGGAACAGCAAGGCUGGCGGGAACCAGAGAAACAGAGGCAACUGGUUGCAAGAUAACAGACAGUUUAGAGGUGGGGAUGGCAGACGGGGGUGGCCAAGUGACAAUCGAUCCAAUCAGUGGCACGGACGGUCCUGGGGUAACAGCCCGCAGCCCAGACAAGAGCCUUACUACCCCCAGCAGUACGGACACCGCGGCCACAGCCAGCGGCCACCCUACGGUUACUACUGACACUGUCUCCGGCUUCUAGUAAAAGCAUUUACUGUCAACACGACACGUCUGUGUGUGUCUUCUGUGGGUCACAGCCUCACGUCUGCCUUUAGAGAGUGGAUUGUUAAUGUUUUGGAACUUGAGACCAGGAAAGCCUUAGCCCUCCCUGAGCGAUGUGGUGGUUGCUGGAACUCGGCCCUCGCUCUAGCAGGCUCCUGGCUCGCCUCUACCUCAGAUCUGUCCGCCAGGCCACAGUGCUGUGACUCAGCGCGCUUCUUCCUUGUUUGCUGUGCAGGCGUUCUCAUCGUUUUACACAGAAAUAAAGAUUUUCAAGUAGAAAUUGCUUGCUUUCGCUUU